UCCCGGCGAGCGGCCGGCGCCCGCAGCACUCGGUGACCGGCGGCGGCCCACGCUUCCCUCCGCACCUCCACCCCGCCCCCAGCGGGAACUCGGACUUUUUCCUUUUUUUUGUCUCCUCGGCCUGCUCGGCUUCCGGCGGGAUCCCCAAGACGAGCCGGCGCGCCUCCCGCCCUGCUGCCCCAGCCUCACCAUGUCCAAGAUGCCGGCCAAGAAGAAGAGCUGCUUCCAGAUCACCAGUGUCACCACCGCCCAGGUGGCCACGAGCAUCACCGAGGACACCGAGAGCCUGGACGACCCGGACGAGUCGCGCACCGAAGACGUCUCCUCCGAGAUCUUCGACGUGUCCCGGGCCACGGACUACGGCCCCGAGGAGGUGUGCGAGCGCAGCUCCUCGGAAGAGACGCUCAGCAACGUCGGCGAUGCGGAGACCCCCGGGGCCGUGUCCCCCAACCUCGCCCUGGACGGGCAGCUGGCGGCCGCCGCCGUCGCCCCCGCCCGCGCCCCCGCCAGCGGAGGAGCCGCGGCGACCCGGAGCGUGGCGGCGCUCGCCAGUCCCCCGACGGCCCCCGCCGCGGCGACCUCGACCUCGGGCCCGGGGACGCCGUCGCAGCCGCCGGCCGCCUGCAGCUCGCGUUUUCGCGUGAUCAAGCUGGACCACGGCAGCGGGGAGCCGUACCGCCGCGGCCGAUGGACGUGCAUGGAGUACUACGAGCGGGAUUCCGACAGCAGCGUCCUCACGAGGUCCGGCGACUGCAUCCGCCACAGCAAUACUUUCGAGCAGACCGCCGAUCGCGACAGCGGCCUGGGCGCCACCGGAGGCUCGGUGGUGGUGGUGGUGGCCUCCGUGCAGGGGGCGCACGGGCCGGACUCGGGGGCGGACGGCUCCCUGACUGCAGUGUCGCAGCUGCCCCCGGCGGAGAAGACGAGCCAGCCCGCUCUGGGCCCGCCGCCGCCCGCAGGGGGGGCUGUGGCUCCGGGCGCCGCCGCGCCGCAGCCCGUGAUGGCAGCCGUCCCCCCGGGCCCGGGAGCGCAGGGCCUGCCCCCGGCCAGUGUCACCCUGGCGCAGUCGGCGGGCUCCGGCGUGGCUUCCGUGGCGCCGCAGCAGCCCCAGCAGUUCGCGUAUCCCUCGCCGCCGAUGCCGCCCGGGCACUUGCUGCCCAUGCAGCCCCCCGGCCAGAGUGACUACCUGCCGCUGCCCAGCCCCGCGCCGCCCUCCGCGUCCACCGGCGUCGGAGCCACCUCUGCUUCCGCGGUCGGCUUUCCUGUGGGCACCGGCCACGGCCUCGCCUCGGUGGGGGCGCAGGUGAUGGGCGCCUCCUCCCAGCCUUCUGAGGCUCCCGGCGGCCAGGUCGCCCCUGGCCACCCGGCUGCCGGGGGAGGCGUGGCGCCCCCCGGCUUGGCUCCGACCGGGACUGGGCAGCCCCCGUCGGUACCUCCGCCGCAGAUGGGUGGCAGUGGGCAGCUGUCAUCCGUGCCUAGUGGCCCUCACACCGUGGUGCCCGGAGUUCCAAACGUGCCUGCAGCCGUGCCCGCUCCAAGCGUGCCUAGUGUGUCUACCACUUCUGUUACUAUGCCAAAUGCCCCCGCGCCUCUGGUCCAGUCCCAGCAGCCGAGCAGCCAUACGCCAGUGAGCAGGAGCGGCAGCAGCAGCAUGCAGCCCGGCGGGCCGGCCGCGGCGCCGGGCUCUCUCAGCGCACCCACCAGUCUGCCGCAGGCUGACCCAAGCCACUUUCAGACUCAGACUCAGCCCCAGCCUGUAGUCGGGCAAGUUGACGAUACUAGAAGAAAAUCAGAACCCCUACCUCAACCGCCACUUUCUCUCGUUGCUGAAAAUAAGCCUGUUGUGAAGCCUCCAGUUGCGGAUGCCCUGGCAAACCCACUGCAGUUGACACCUAUGAACAGUCUUGCCACCUCUGUAUUCAGCAUAGCUAUUCCUGUUGAUGGUGAUGAAGACAGGAAUCCUUCAACUGCUUUCUACCAAGCGUUCCAUUUGAACACGUUUCAGGAAUCAAAGAGCCUCUGGGAUAGUGCAUCUGGGGGAGGCGUGGUAGCCAUUGACAACAAAAUAGAACAAGCAAUGGAUCUGGUGAAAAGCCAUCUGAUGUAUGCAGUAAGAGAAGAAGUGGAAGUUCUAAAGGAACAAAUAAAAGAAUUAGUUGAAAGAAACUCUUUACUUGAACGAGAAAAUGCACUGUUAAAAUCUCUAUCAAACAAUGAUCAGUUAUCCCAACUCCCCGCCCCGCAGGCCAAUCCUGGUAGCACUUCUCAGCAGCAGGCAGUGGGAGCCCAGCCUCCCCAGCCGGCCCAGCCUCCACAGCAGCCGCACGUCUCCUCAGCAUGAGCUUUCUGAGCCUCAAGAACGACGACAGAGAGCAGUCUUUCUUCCUCGUGUGCCGCUGCUGUUCUUUCCACUCAACGAAAGCAAGUAGCCAUGCUUCGGCUGUGUGUCUGGCCUUUUCAGUAUUAGACAAUCAUUCUACAAGAGCUUUUCCUCUCUAAGAUGUCCUGCCGCACUGUUGAUGUCCACAUCUCUGUCAUCAGUCCACAAGGAGAGUGAUAGAUGGGGUUCUCGAAGCAAGAAAAGUUAGCUUUCACCCGGUGUGCAUGAGUGGGGUCUUAAGAGUUUCAUGGCUCUGUGUUUCCUGUUACCCAUGGAUUGACCCUGAGCCUUCCCAGCACAUUAUAACAACAGUUCAUCUAAAGAGCCACUUUCAAUAUCAGUAACAUUUGCCUAUGUAAGUUUUCAUUUAUUUGUGUUUUAUUUAUUACAGGGCUGCUAUUUUCAUAAUGUACAUGAACAAUGUCACAGAACUUUUUUAAUUUUUUUGAAUAAUUAUAAGUAUCAGUAAAGGAAUUGAAAGACAGGAUUACACUUAAUAAAACGUUUAGGCAAUAAUUGAACAAAAGAAUCCUGGCGCAUUUCUAACACUAAUGGCAAUUUACCGUUGGUAUUUAUUUCAGUAGCGAAGACCCAGCUUGAAUGUAAAUGUUGUAUAGUGUAAGUAUGAAGAGCAUAGUGCAGCUGUACAGGCAGUCUCCAGUUAUUGUGAUUCAAGAAAUAAUUGGGCUAUUUUCAUGAAGAAACUGUUCAUUUGUUUCUGCUUUCUAACAAAUGCCACGAUUCCUCUGUCUCCACGUUUCCUCUGACUUUUCUUUUCUGGGUGGGAAUAAAAAGCUGUGAAGUUGUUCAACCUACUUUGUAACCAAAGACGCAAAGCUGUGUAAUGGAGUUUUGUUUUGUUUUAUAAUGCACAUUCUUUAUGUAUUUUUAUUUAGUGUUUUCUCGGUCACAAUUUUCUUUGCUGUCUGGCAUGAUCUGCAUGACCUCUGCUCUAAACCACUUUCGUACCUCAUGUUUUUAUCCAGCACUCUUACUGUACUAUGUACUAGUCUGUGAACAACGUCAAAUGAAAAAGAACGAACAGGUCAUAUGGGGAGCUGAGCUAGUGUGCGGAACACUAGUUGUACAAAAACAAAAAUGAAGUGAGCCAUCUUUUGUUCAUUUAAAAUGGUGUUUUGAAUUUCAUAUGCAGAAAACGUUUUGUUACAUUGCAGAAUUUAAUGUAUUUAAUAAAUGCAACAUGCAGAUUAAGUGCAGUGUAUACUGAGUAUUUAAAUUAAAAUGUACAUUUCAUAAAUACAGUUUCAAGAGAAAGCAUCAUUUUGUGUAUACUAACACAUUAAGUGUAUGUCAGAAAUUGAUGUAUAAAUAUAUAUUUUAACACAUUUUCUGAAAUUAAACUGCAGUUUUGUUGAAAUAUUUGGCUCUAUAUGUGUUCAAAACUUGACUAGAUUUGUAUUUUCACCGUUAAAAAUAUUCCUUAAAUGAAAACCUAUGCUAUUGAUGACAAUGAUAGUCCUUAAAUUUUCAGUCAAGUAACUUCAAGAAUGCAAGAAUGAUGAGCAAUAUUUGUACUCAAUAUUCAUAUUGUUAAUUAUAUAAAUAGAAAAUCCUUGUCUACCAAAACUUUUACUUGAAUUCAGAAAGGUGCCUGUAGAAACUAACAUUUACUGUGUCUAUAGCCUGACUCCAAACCUGGAGUUAAUGAGAGACAGUGACUGGACCUCCGUGUGGUCUGGUAGCUGCAGCUGAGGAGCCACAAAGGGGACGGAGUUUGAGGGCUGGGAUGUCCUGGUCCUUGAUGUGCGCAGGAAGUGCUGGUCGGCAUGCGGUGUUGUGUGUUAGUAAUGUCAGUGAUGCGCAGAGGCACUAAAUGAUUACUGUCGAGCCUGGAGUGUGUAACCCCAAGGAUGUGGAGUGAGGUUCUAAGCAGAGCCAGGGUAGACUGGGAAACCACUGUUGGAAUGCUAACCAAAAGACCUGGUGGGUGUGCCAUGCCCUUGCUAUUUCUUCUCCACACAGUUAAUCCAGGCAAAGAAAACCCAUGUGAGAAGAGGCUGGAAUAGUCCAGUGGUAGAUCCUUCCCCAGCCUGGGGUACACAAGGCCUGCUGAUGGUACCUGGCACUGUUAGAGUAAGGGGGGGUGAUUUUUGUGAAGAAAUAAAGUAUAAUAGUAGUCACCAUGGAAAUGAUUAAAGCUUAAAAUAACAGCAAUUAGUAGCAAUUGCUACUAAUUCAAAAAAUAGAAAAUGGUUAACGGGAGAAAUGAAAUUGUUUUUUUAAAAGUUCAACCUCUAGUAGUAACGUAAGAAAUGCAGAUUACUGUUUUAGUGAAUAUUACAUCUCUUACAUAGCAGGGCUUAAUGUCAUAUAAGGCAGGCUUUCCUGUGUUCUCCAGAAUGUAAUUGGGCAAAUAUGUAUUGAGAGCUUUAAAUAUUAAUAAACUUCAGUUUAAUGACAUACUCAAUUCAUAGUGCAGUGUUAAAGUGCAAAACUGCCUGUCCUGUACUUAUCCACGCCUCUCCCUAGAACUCAUAAUUAUCUUAACCCCUCUAUUUUGUCCCACUCCUUGGUGGGGGGGGGGGCAACAAAAAAACGUUGUGGAAUGAAGUCUACAUCUAACAAACCAUGAAGUAUACUCUAGACUCCCAAGUCAGAAACAAACUUUAAUGUGGUAGAGAUGAUGUGUGUAUUUAGAAAUGUUAAACACUCCCUUUAAUUUGUUAAGAACCUUAAUUUGGUUUUACCAUGGUGUCUCUUGUUCCAAAUAACUAAAAUAUUAGCUAAUUGAAAGUCUAUUUGGAGGUCAUGGUCAUCUGCCUUUAAUUUUUCUCAGUCUGAUGCUUGCAGACAGGUGCUACACAAGCUUUCUGUUGAUUUAGAGCCAGAACACAGAUGAGAACAUUUUCUGAUAGGGUAAAUGUACAAUUUACACUUAACUUUGUCCAAAGGAAAUAGUUUUAAGUAGUUCCAAUGUAACCUUAACCUUCCUAGCACACAGUAAAGCAAAAAAAAAAAAAAAAAA